AUGUCUACCUUUACUCAGCUUGAGGCUAUUUCAAAGUACAUCUUGAGCAAGCCACUGCUCAAGAGCGUUUUUGUUCCUGCCUCUCGUGUCUUUACCGAAUUUGCUGGUUAUAGAAAGAUGGGUCUCAAGACCGAGGAUUUGUUCAUUGAGGAGAAUGAUGUUAUGCAAGCCGCUAUCCGCCGUCUCCCUCCUAAGGAGUCGUACGAGCGUGUCUACCGUAUCGCCACUGCCAUGCAACUUUCUCUUUCUCACAAGCUUCUGCCCAAGCACGAGCAGUUGAAACCCGAGGAGGUAAGUCAAUAUUCGUGA